CAUAUUUUAAAUUCUGUAUAACGGUAGCAUAUGCAAUCUAUUUUAAAAGCAGCACUUUCUGUACGGCAGCUGUGGACAUCAGGGUGGCCAUUCCCAUGGGAGGCAACAUGUGCCAAUCAUGGCUGCCGCGCAUUCUCUGGCCUGCGAAACAAAAAUGCAAGGAUUAAAAACCCGUACUAUAGAAAGAAGGGGUUUUGGGAAUGGCGCAAGAAGCAUAUACAAAAGUUGAAUAAAGCAAGAUACAAACGUCAAUUUUUAGUUCCUAAAGUGAUAGAUCCCGAAGAAGAACCGGUCAAAGGUAAACAUGACGCUAAUAUUUGGGAAUUUGUUGUUGACGGUCUCCCAAUUGGACUUAAGAGAUUGAAGUUGUACACUAAACUUCUUACCAAUCUACACCUACAGGAUGCCAUCGACUGGUUGUAUGCCAUGCCAACGAUAAGGACCAACCGCAUACUUAACUCGUUGAGCGAUGCCCAAAAGAAGAUAUACGAAGAGUACAAUGGUGAUCCCAGUAGACUAUAUAUAGACAGUAUGGUGAUCAACUACAAGACGCCCAUGAAACAGAUCAAGUAUCACGCUCUAAGGAAUUUCGGCAUAAUGUGCACAUGGCGCAAUGUAAUAGUCUAUCGCAUAAGAGAAAUGCCUAUGAACGAAUUCUACCAAAAGAUAUUUAUACUUGGUAGGAUACCAAGGAGCAUGGGAGCAGAAAUGCGCGCCGCAAUAUAUGAAAAGAGAGUGCCAACACAAACGGUGGUCGAAUGGUAUCCUUAUCUCACAGCUCAUUCGCGCUUCUUUUUCCGAAAAGAACUUAAAUGGCUUGAUAAAACUGGACAGUUCAACUACUAUAAACACAGGAGGGAAUGGAUUGAUCGGUACAAUGCUAAUAUGAGGAGGAAAACCGAUGAAAUGCGACGUGAGCGUGGUAUUAUACAGAAUGCUACAUAACAUUCAAUCGCAACGACUGAAAUCAUCGUAAUGAACCAUUUCCAAGGUUUCUCCGCUGUC